AUGGGCUGCUCACCAUCCAAAGGCAACCAUUUUGGGGUUCUGGGUCCCAUGAGGAAGGGCAGAAUGCUUCCUCCUGCACCUCAAGAAAGCCCCAGAGAUUCCCACUUUGAUGAUGCAGAGAAGCGUUAUUCAACUGGUUCAACAGAUGUGGACACAAAGGAGAGAAAGGCAGCUGGACAAACCCAGGUACUUCAGAAAGAAGCUCGUAUAACACCACAAAAAAAGAGAUAUGUGGCAGAGCCAGCCCCUGAAGCAGUAAACAUGGAUAAAGCGGGGAGUCAAGGAAUGGACAACAACACAGUUUCACAGAAAAAGGACAAAAAUGUUGACAAGCAGGAUGCAGCAGAGAAAAAGCCUGCCAGGAAACAAAAGAAAAAUACCAGAGGUGUUAAGGGGCUUAAAAAGAAAGACAAGGAAAAACCACCUACAGAACAGAAAGUGGACUUCCCAGAACCUUUGGUAAAAGCUCACCAAGCUGCUUAUGCCUUUUUAAAUCCUAGCAUAAACAAAUAUGAUCUUCUGCUAGGACUUUUGGAAGAAGCAACCCAAACUCAGCUUUCUGUGCAGACUAUGGUUGCUUUUAUGGCUCUACGCUACGAGGAAAUAAUUCAGGGUCUUGAGGAGAUGGCAGAUGAGGGAGAACAAGUUUUUAAAGAAAAUGGAGAGCAUCUUUCUUGGCCAAGUCAAAUUAAAAACCUGUCAUCUUCCCCACCUUCAAAGUCUGGUUCUGCUAAUAUUGAGCCCCCACCGGAUUUGUUGCAGCAGCUGCUUCAGUACACCACACAGAGAAUGCAAAAUGUAAGCCAGACUGUUGGUAGUAUUGCGGAGUCUGCUUUGGAGGAGGCAGUGGAAUAUUUUGCAUCUGUCUCAGAGCUUUUAGAGGAGAAACUAAAAGUUAAACGUACAAUAGAGACCAGGCUAAUGCGAGUCUUGUCUCGUAUUGAAAUGGCCUCUCUGCGCAAGCCUGGGCCAGAGGAUUCUGCUCUCUUUAGCGAGGACAGUGGUAUUGGGGCUGAGAGUGAAUCCCUUGCUGGAUCUGAAAGACGCCUUAGACGAGAGAGUUGUGCGUCAUCCGGGACAAAUAGAAUGACUCCUGUCAGCCCAAUGGAAUACAGCUCCAUGAACAGUAGGCAAGAAGCAUCCAGGCAAAAGAUUGGAAGUCAAAUAAGUCCAAGUGUUUCCCUCACAUCACUUAACUCACUGGGUUCAGCUUGUACCAUAAUGGCUAAUAACAAAAGAGACUCAUUGCUAGGUUCAGUCUCUUUAGAUUUUGGAGAGGAUGACGACAAUGAUGAUGAUCAUGAUGAUGAUGAUGAUGAUGAUGAUGAUGAUGAUGAACAGAUAGGUAGCUGCAUGGUAGAUGUAGGGUUUAGAAAGCGAUCAAAUUCUUCACCUUUAAACCGGGAACAGCUACAACCACGCCGUCUACCCCCAAAGCGAAUAGAGAAUCCUCAAAAUGUCGAAAUGACUCUAAGAAUGAAAAAUGCUAUAAGUGGUAGGAUACAAUUUGUCCCAUCGCAGAAUGCUGGAGCCAAAAUCAAGGUAGUUGGCAGCCCAAAAACCAGUAGACGCCAGUGGACAGACGAAGAAAGGUCUCCGAGGAGGCCUCAAACCACAGCACCUACUCGGAAGGCAGCGGUAAAAAAGACCCCUGUGUCUAAAGAGCGACGUUCCCAAUCAGAAGAAUCCUUGCGGAGCAAAGCGGAAGAUCCUACUCUGCUUGAACUAGAAAGGACACAGAAGGAUUUAGAUCAGAGGUUGCAAAGAAUGGGUAAAAGCAAGCCAGGAGGACACAUGAAGACUGCCCCACCGAAACAAAAUCAAGGAACCUCACCAGCACAAUCUCCAGCAAAAAAUCGCAAACAUCCCUCACUACAUAAGAACAGCAAUUCCCAACUAAUUGAUGACAAAUUAGUCCUUACAAGGCGCAACAGUAAAAAACUGGAGGCAACAAGUGCGGUGGAAGAUGAUAAACUGAAGGACAAGAAAACAUCUAAGGGUCCUAUAAAAGCCACCCCACCCCCUAGCCCUCCUGCAUCACCACGGCCACCUUCAGGACUCUACAGAGGCAGGAAGUCAGUGAAAAGACUGAUUGAUACCUUCAGUCAAGGAAUAGAGGAUCUAGAAGUUCCUAAAAGUCUUGGGCCUCUCAUAGGAGUAAGGAAGUGUGGCGUUCCUGUGUUACCGGGUUUAGGAAAUGUAGAAGCCGUGCUGAGCACCGGAAUAACCAGCUGUAGACCUGAUUCCAGCAAGCCCACCUGUAAACAAGAAUCUCUAUACACCACCAUCAUCACAGGGAAGACUUUCCAGCCCACCUGUAACAAAGCAGAACUUUUUCAAAUCAAAUUCAUCCUCCUCCUACCCUUUCAAAGCACCUUCUCCACCAGCUUCGCCAAAAGUACAAAGAUGGUCAAGGGAGAACAGCAGUGA